UCCUCUCUCCUGCCCCAAGUCCCAACUCCCAAGAUCGCUCCGCCCAUUGGUCGUCGUAGUUGCGUUUCCAGUUCCCACCACCUCGCCGUUCUCCUCCUCCUCCUCCUUCGCCCACGAAUUCCAGAUCUGGAUUCUGACCAAGAAGUUCUCAGUGACUAGCAACAAAGGAGAGAAUGGAGCUCGCCGUGGGCGCCUCGGACAGCGCCAUGAGGUCCCUGCUGGGCAAGCUGGGCAGCCUGCUCGCGCAGGAGUACGCGCUCAUCAGCAGCGUUCGCAGCGAGAUCCAGUACAUCAAGGACGAGCUCACCAGCAUGCACGCCUUCCUCCGCAACCUCAACUACGCCGCCGCCGACGACCACGACGAGCAGACCAAGGACUGGAUGGAGCAGGUCCGCGACGUGGCCUACGACAUUGAGGACUGCGUCGACGACUUCAGCCACCGCCUCCGCGGCCAGCCCCGCGGCGAGGGCCUCCUGGCCGACAUCCGCCGCGCGUGGUACGCCAUGACCACCGUCUGGGAGCGCCGGUCUAUCGCGACCAAGAUCGUUGACCUCAAGGACCGGGCGCAGGGCGUCGGCGAACGCCGCACGAGAUACGGUGUCAAGGACCCGGGGCCAGAUGCGGCGGCCAAGGCAAGCACCAGGGCUACGCCUUCUUACCACGCCAACGAUCACCCACAGCCUGCUCCGCAGCUCGUCAGCGCGACGGAGCCGGUCGGGAUGGAGGAGGCCAUUGAGCAGCUUGGGCCAUGGCUGACCGAGGGGUCAAACGACCACCUCAAGGUCCUGGCCAUCGUCGGAUUCGGUGGCCUCGGCAAGACCACGCUGGCCUUGGCGCUGCAGCGCAAGUUUGGGGAGAAGUUCGAGUCCCGGGCAUCUGUGCAAGCGUCGCAGAAGCUGCACCGUGUAUCGCUCUUGAGAAGCAUUCUCAAGCAGGUCUUGCCGAAAAUUCCUGAUGGAGUUGAUGAAUGGGGCCUCAAGAAGCUAGAGGAGGAGCUUAAAACACACCUGGAGAAAAAGAGGUACUUCAUCUUAAUAGAUGAUGUGUGGUCUGUAUCAGCAUGGGAAGAAAUUUGGGUAUCAUUACCGAAAAAUAGUAAUGGUAGCAGAAUAAUGCUAACUACAAGGUUCAAGUCUGUAGCCGAGGCUAGUAGCAGUCAACAAACAGGCCGUACAUACCCUCUUGAACGGCUCUCUGAUGACAAAUCAAAGGACUUGUUCUUUGAAAAGAUCUUUGGUGGUAAUGAUCCAAAUCCCAAUGAAUUUAGAGAUACCAAAUAUGAAAUUUUGAAGAAAUGUGGAGGCCUGCCUUUGGCAAUAGUUGCAGUAGCAGGGCUUUUGGCGAGAGACCGCAAAUCAGAGAGCCAUUGGAUGAAAGUGCACACCUCUCUAAGUUCAGAGUUGGAGGUGAAUCUCACCCCUGAGGGAGUGACACAAAUACUUAAUCUCUGCUACAAUGACUUACAAGCUGAUCAGAAGAAUUGUUUGUUGUACUUGAGCAUAUUUCCAAAGGGUUACAGCAUUAACAGGAAGCGUUUGGUCAGGCGGUGGAUAGCUGAAGGCUUCAUUAUUGAGAAACAAGGAAAAACUGUCGAAGAAGUUGCCGAAGACUACUUUAAUGAGCUCAUUAGUAGGAAUAUAAUUCGGCCAGUUGACCACAAUAGCAAUGGAAAGGUUAAAACUUAUCAAGUUCAUGACAUGAUCCUUGAAUACAUUGUGUCAAAGUCAAGCAAAGAGAAUUUCAUCACAGUACUUGGGGGGCAUUGGCACACAGCAACACCAGGCAACAAGGUUCGCCGGCUGUCCCUACAUAGUAGUGAUCCAGACAGUGCAAAAUCUGAAAUCGAGAACAUGAACUUGUCACAUGUCCGAUCAUUGACAGCAUUUGACAGCUUGGAACGACUGCAAUCUUUUUCAUUCAAAUUUGGAAUACUGCAGGUGUUGGAUCUUGAAGGUUGCAAGGGCUUGACUGAAAUUCAUCUGCGCAAAAUAUGCAAGAUGUUUCAUUUGAAGUACUUGAGCCUACGCAAGACAAGCAUCAAAAAGCUCCCUUCAGCAAUUGGGAAGUUGAUAUAUCUGGAGACCUUGGAUAUAAGGGAAACAAAUGUGGAAGUCUUGCCGGAUUCAGUUGCAGAUCUGAAGCAAAUGGCCCAUCUACUCGGCGGUAAUAAAUCCACGCGUGCUGCCUUGAGAUUCACUGAUGGGAUUGCCAAGAUGACAGCACUGCAAACACUAUCAGGGAUAGGGAUAAGCCAGAGGUCAUCGAGAGCCCUUGGAGGCAUGCAUAACCUCACCAAGUUGAGGAAGCUCAGCAUCUACAGUAUUGCAGACUUUGAUAAACACAACCAGAAAUAUGGUGAUUUACUGUCUGCCAUUGAGUACUUAAGUGGUUGCUCUCUCAAGUAUCUUGCAGUUGAUGAUGGUUUCACAGGCUUUCUUGAUCUGGUGGUUUCCUCAUCCAGUCCCCCAAAAUACAUCCACACGCUCGAGCUUUCUGGUAAACUGCCUAAAGUUCCUCAAUGGAUCAAUGAGCUUAAAAAGCUUGAAAAACUGACCUUAUCGUUGACUUCGCUGAGGACACAUGACCUGUUUGUUCUUGCUCAACUGCCCCUGUUGUUUUCUCUCACAUUCUCAGUCAACGCAGCGAGGCAGGAUCACAGUGUCAUGAAGGUUUUCCUGAGAAAUACAAUGGAUUCAAGAGGAAACAUUCUUAUCCCGUCUGACGGAUUCCAUAGCCUUAGACUACUCCGUUUCUCAGCGCCGGUGCUGCCGCUGCUAAGCUUCCUCGAAGGCGCGAUGCCGAAGCUCCAAAGGCUUGAGCUCCGGUUCAAGGUGUUGGAAGGUGCUUACGGAGUAGAAAACCUUGUGAGUCUCCAACAAGUGCUUCUUAGAGUCAGCCAGCAGGCUUCUGAAACUACCAAGGUCAAGGUGUCUGACAUCAGAAGCUCCGUUCGCAUGCAUCCCAACAAGCCCACUGUGGUCGUGGAUGAGUACUACUGAUUGAUGAUAAAUGGCGAAACAAUCCAUGAUGUAACCGUAGUCUUUUUAUUUUGCAGUCUUGCAGAGGAACACCUCAUUGCUGAAUUGAAAUAUAGGCCAUGAUAUGGCUGCUGUGUGGAACUGUAAGUUUAACUUUCUGAUGAGUAAAUUUAUCGGUUGGUCUGUUCACG